UUGAAGUAUCCAUUUUUUAAAAAUCUUCUUCCGGUGAUUAGCACGGCGAUAAAAUCAUGUGGAAGCUGCUUUGGGCGGCCGUUCUCGUGGCCGUGCUCACCACGCGUGAUGCAGAAGCAAAUCGUGAGAGAAGCAAACGUGCGAUAGAGUCUAACUCAAAUAAGUACCAGAAUUUUCUGCCACCUUUAACAUCAAGGGGCAUAGGAAAUCAGCCAUUCACGGGAUAUACUUACUCAACCCCGAAAACAGAAUCGGAUGGAUAUAUUUAUAGAACACCAGAUGUUAUAUUUACAAUACCGACUACAACAAAAACGACUUCAACAAAAACGACGGAUGGAUAUGUUUAUCCAACUUCGAGUAAUAAAAUAUCGACUACAACGUCAUCAAAAAAACCGGACGGAUAUAUUUAUAUAACCCCAGAUAUUAGAAUACCGACUACGACAUCAACAAGGAAGCCGGAUAUAUAUACUUAUACAACCCCGGGUACUAAAAUACCAACUACAACGAAAAAGCCGGACAUAUAUACUUAUACAACGACAACACAAAAGCCAUAUAUUUAUUCAACCCCGAAAAUACAAAUAUAA